AUGCAAUUCUUCAGCUUUGUCAUCGUUGUUUUGGCUUUGAUCGCUCAGGCCAGCGGCUUCUUGUUCCCUCCACCAGCCCCGGCUGCGUGUUGGUGAGUUUUUUGGUAUAAUACUGAUUUUUAAUUAAUUUUUUUAUAUUUUUUUAAUGUUUACAAUUUUAGGUAUUAAAUUUUUUUUAAUUUUAAAUUUUCUAAAAAAUUUAAAAAAAUUUUGAAAUUUCAUUUUUUAAAUUUAGUCAACCCCCACCACCACCACCAUGCCCACCACCACCACCACCAUGCUGUCAGCCACCACCACCACCACCAUGCUGUGGCGGUGCCGCCGCCGCUCCAGUCAACCCAUUGGCCGCUUUGUUCGCUGGAAAGAAGUAA